AUGGGCGACAAAGUCACCUAUGCGGCGCCGAAGAGGACGGAGGACAACAAACGCCUCCACAUGGUAGAUACAGGUCGAGGACCGAUGAAGCACAGGCGCACUAGACUGGACCUCAAAAAAGGAGAAUCGGUGCUUAACGUGGACAUUACAGACAGCGGCUUCUACGUGCCGUCCUCCCUCGCCACGCGCAACAAGUACGAGGAGAUUCUCAACCUUCUGCAGGAGACACUGGUGGACCAGCCGCAGGAGGUGCUCAAGGGAGCCUUUGACGAAGUGAUGACACAUCUUAGAGCCGCAGGGCUGAAAGCGGAAGAGCGGCGCAAACUUUGCGAGGAUGUGCUUGGGCCGUUGAACGACGACCUGUUCUACAGGCUCUACCACACCGCGAAGGAGCUAGUAGACUUCGGCACGGGGGACGAGCCGCGAGAAUCCACGGGCGUCACAGAUGAUCCUGCAGGUAUUGCGGUGGUGUUUGACGAGGACGACGAGGAUGAUGAAUCGGACGUGCAUAGCGUAGAGGCGGACGAAGACGAGGACGACGAACAUGCAGAAUCUCACAUACAGACCAUACGCAGGGACGGCGUAGAGUACGCAGAGACCGACAAGUAUCACCUGCCAAUCAGUAAAAUAGACCCACACUGGCUGCAGCGUGAGCUGAAUCUCAUUUUCGGAGAUCCCAACCUGGCCGUCGCAACCGAAAAGGAGAUACUCGCUGCUCUCGGCAUCGCGGAUAUUCAGGAGUGCGAAAAUAAGCUAGUUCUGAUAUUGAAAUACGAAAAUUUCGAGUUUGCCAAACUUGUGCUCCGGAACAGGUGGAAGAUCAUGUACUGCACCAGGCUCGGCCAGGCGCAAACGGACGAAGAGAAGGAGGCAAUAUUUGACGAAAUGAAACAGACCGAGGAAGGCAUGGAGGUGCUACAGGAGCUUGAAGAGGUGCAUCUGCGUCGCACCAAGGACCAGGAACUCACGUUAAAUGUAACGAGGGAAGCGGCUAACCUGGCGCGACAAAACGCCAAACGUGAGGGCAAUGAGCUGCAAGACGGUGACGAGGAAGAGCUCAUUCCAGAGCCGGCUGCGAUCCCCGAGGAUGCCGCACUAUCUGGCCACCCGACGAUUGUCGACCUGGAAGCACUGGCAUUCAAAGACGGAGCACAGCACAUGACCAAUACCCGUGUUGUGCUUCCACCGGAAUCGGAGCGCGUUGAACACAAGUCAUACGACGAAGUCAUCAUAUACCCGCUAGAAAGGCCCAAGGAUUUGCAGCGGAAAUCGAUAAAACAUCUGCCCGAAUGGACCCACGCUGCAUUCCCGGGAGUCGACUCGCUUAACCCAGUGCAGUCUGUUAUAGCGGAGAUAGCAUUCGAACACUUCGAGGAGAACAUGCUUGUGUGCGCCCCCACUGGAGCGGGUAAAACGAAUGUUGCCGUGCUGGCGAUGCUCAGCGUCAUGGCCCAACACAGAGAUGAAAAUGGCCACUUGAACUUGAAUGACUUCAAGAUCGUCUACGUUUCGCCUAUGAAAUCGCUGGUCAUGGAGCAAGCGCAAUCGUUCACUCAGCGUUUCGCACCAUACGGGCUUAACGUCCGGGAGCUAACGGGUGACAUGAGCCUGACGCGAAACCAGCUGAUGGAGACUCAGCUGCUGGUCGUCACACCUGAGAAGUGGGACGUUGUCACGCGCAGAAGUGGCAUGGAGAAUUCGGUCCAACUGAUUAUUAUCGAUGAGAUCCACUUGCUGCACGACAAGAGAGGGCCUGUGCUCGAAUCGAUCGUUGCACGUGCCAUGCACAACGACAGGAAGAAUAAGAUGAAGACGAGGCUAGUUGGACUAAGCGCAACGAUGCCCAACUACACAGAUAUCGCUGAAUUCCUCAAAGUAAACCCAGAUCGUGGUUUGUUCUACUUCGGAAACCAUUAUAGGCCGGUGGGAUUGGAACAGCGCUACAUCGGCAUCAAGGAGAAAAAGGCCGUGAAGCGGUACAAUUGCAUGAAUGAGAUCGUAUAUGAACGCGUGAUGGAAGACGCUGGUAAGAACCAGAUACUCGUCUUCGUCCAUAGCAGGAAGGAGACGGCGCGUACAGCAAAACUGAUACGGGAUAUGGCCUUUAAAACGGAUGCCCUAAACAUAUUCCUGCACAGCGACAGCGCGUCGCGCGAAAUUCUGGCUACAGAAGCGGAAGCCAUAAAAACUGCCGAGCUCAGGGAACUACUUCCGUACGGGUUUGGCAUACACCACGCAGGACUCCCGAGGUCUGACAGAAAAUUGGUUGAGGACCUGUUCUCCGACGGGCACAUACAGCUGCUUAUAAGUACCGCCACGCUUAGUUGGGGUGUGAACUUACCGGCACAUACCGUCAUCAUCAAGGGUACGCAAGUUUAUUCUCCGGAAGAAGGAUGCUGGACAGAACUCUGCCCAUUGUCGGUACAGCAAAUGAUGGGUCGCGCUGGGCGCCCACAGUUUGACAAGGAGGGAAAAGGUAUCAUUAUUACCGCACACGAGAAACUGCAAUUCUACUUGUCUCUAAACAACCAGCAGCUACCGAUUGAAAGUCAACUGGUGAGCAGCCUCCCGGAGUUGCUGAACGCCGAAGUUGUUCUGGGUAACGUGACAACCCGUAAGGAUGCGGUCAUGUGGUUACGCGACACAUACUUCGCGAUUAGAAUGCGUAAGGAACCACGGUUAUAUGGAGUAAUCGAGGCUGACGACGAUGGUGAAGACGAGGAAGAAAACAGGAAUUCAACUACUAUCGACGAAGAGCUGUUCGACGUCAGGUUGGAAUCACUGGCUCACUCUGCACUUAUUGAACUCGAUAAGCACGCGUUGAUAAGGUAUGAGCGUCGCAGCGGAGCAAUCAAGUCUACGCCGCUCGGACGUAUAGCAAGUCUGUACUACCUAAAGCCCCCUUCUGUAAAGACAUACGUCGACAACAUGAAGGCCGACCUCUCUGACUCUGAUAUCCUAAAGGUGUUCUCAGCCAGCGCGGAAUUCAAGUACAUUCCGGUUCGUGAUGAGGAAAAGGUAGAAUUGGCUGCACUCAUGGAGAAAGUACCCAUACCAGUUAGAGGUCAAGGCCAGGAGGGAACCAGCAAAGUAGCUGUGCUGUUGCAGAGCUACAUUUCCAGAUUUGAUCUCGACGGAUAUGCGUUAGUGUCGGAGAUGACAUUCAUCACGCAGAAUGCUGGUAGGAUUAUCCGUGCAUUAUACGAAAUCGCACUUAACAACGCAUGGAGCCAACUCGCGCAGAGGCUAUUCGAUCUGGGUAAGAUGGUAGAGAGACGCAUGUGGUCGGUUAUGUUGCCGCUACGUCAGUUCAAAUCACUACCUGAGGAAUUGGUGCUGAAGCUGGAGAGAAAUGAUUUCGGCUGGGACAGGUAUUACGACCUGAGCAGUGUGGAGCUUGGGGAACUGUGCAGGCAGCCCAAACUUGGCAAAACCAUCCACAAACUUAUCCACCUGGUACCGAGAUUGGACCUUCAGGUUUUUGUACAGCCGUUGACCCGUGAGAUGCUACGCGUGGAAGUCAACAUCACGCCAGAUUUCCAGUGGGAUCCUAAAUUGCACGGAAGCAACGAAAAGUUCUGGUUGUUCGUUGAGGACGGAAGCGGUGAAAAAAUACUGCACAGCCAAACCUUUGUCUUGCUGCCGUUCACGCCAGGGCAUGUAGAAGAUUACUCGGUCUUCUUCACUGUGGAACUAUCUCACCCGCUCUGCUCUCACUACUUCUUGAGGCUCACCUCCGAAAAGUGGAUAGGAAGCGAAUCUAAAAUAUCAAUCAGUUUCAGCCGAUUGAUACUGCCCGAAAAGGCACAGCCAUUCACUGAACUCUUCGAUCAACAACCAAGACCCGUGUCUGCAAUGAUCAACCUACCAGGAGAAGUGGUUGCGCUCAACAAGGCGUUCUUCAGAAAAGCCUUCGGUGACACCCAUUUCAACGCGAUACAAACUCGUGUGUUCGAUGCCAUGUAUUCGCAGUCUGAUUCAUUGCUCCUAUGCGCGCCAAGCCGGAGUGGAAAGUUCACAUGCGCCGAAAUCGCCAUCACGCGAUGCCUGUGCACAUGUGAAAAUGCAACGGUAGUUGUGGUAUCGCCUUUCAAGACGGUUGCCGAUCAGCGCCUUGAACGGUUGAGAUACAAGUUUGGGGACAUCUGUCAAGUUAAUUCGCUCGUCGGCGAUGUGAAAACUGAUCUCAUGGUGAUUGCGCAGUCGACCAUAGUCGUCUGUACACCGAAACAAUGGGAUUUCGUAUCACGGAGAUGGAAAAGCAAACAGUGUCUACAAUCUGUGGACCUCUUUGUGGUUGAAAAUUUAGAGCUUUUGGAUGAUCCCUCGGUCGGGCCCGAGCUGGAGGUUGCGGUGAGCCGUAUGAGGUUCAUUGCUGCGCAGCUUGGAUACGCCACCCGAAUAAUCGGACUUGGAGGGCCAAUAUCAAAUGCUUUGGAUGUGGGUGGAUGGAUAGGAGCAACUGCGGCAUCAAUUUUCAACUUCAGGCCAAAUUCGCACAGGGCUGUCUUGCCGAAGUUCACUAUUCAGUCUUUCGACCAGUGGGACAGUGAGACACGCCGUUUCUCCAUGUUCAACAGCGCAUGCAACUUCGUCUUAUCGCACUUCAGGGAAAGCGACGACGAUAAUUGCUCAGCUCUGAUGUUCACCGUUGAUCGCAGGUUCUGCAGGCUGCUUGCCAUGGAGGUUCUUCUAUCCAUGGAGUACCACGUCGGUAUUACAGAAGCGGCACCUCUGGGGGAUGAAGCGGGCAAUGAUAUCCUUGCCAAGCUGACGGCGCGUGAACGCGCAUUAAGCAAACUGAUUGAGGGCGGAGUUGGAUAUUGCCACGAUGGAUUCAGUGAGGCGGAAAUAAAGGUUAUGGAAGAACUAUUCCGACGCGGACAAAUCAAGGUGCUUGUUGCAACGGCAUCAGCCAUUUGGUCGCUAACAGUUUACGCGCCAUUAGUAGUGGUAGUGGAUAUUUCAGUGUCGGCAACGAACCGACCCAUAUCGCAGGGCAUAUAUCCGCAGAGUGACCUCUUGCGGAUGCUCAGCUGCGCGUACGUGCCUGAGGAUCUCAGUACAGUAAAGCCGCAUGCCAUUAUCCUAUACGACACGCCCAAGCGCAGAUAUCUCUACAAGCUUCUAGAAGAAGCAUUCCCGGUUGAAAGCUGUCUAGAGGCGAGGAUUGAGGAACUUAUUAAUGCGGAAAUAGUGCAGGGAGCUAUAGAAAACGCCCAGGAUGCCAUUGAUUGGCUCACGUGGACGCUGUACUACAGGCGUCUCCCCAAGAAUCCCAAUUUCUACUCGCUACAAGGUGCUACCGCUCAGCAUCUCAGCGAACACCUGAGUGAACUUGUGGAGUCAGCUAUAUCUGGCCUAGAAAAAUCGCAAUGCGCUUCAGUCGCAGAGGACACCGUCUCUCCCCUCAACCUUGGCUACAUCGCUGCUUUCUACUAUCUCCGCUGCAGGACCAUAGAGACCUUCGCUAGGUCAGUCACACCUGAUUCUAACAGGGAUUCGAUCCUGGAACUCCUUGCUACUGCGGACGAGUUCGCCGAUAUCGUAGUCAGGACCGGCGAACGGAUAGGCAGCCAAAAGCUAGUCGAGGGUGAUACGCCGCGAAAGGUCAAAGAGUUGCUCAUCGCGCACAUGGAACGCACUCCACUGACGAACGACCUUCAGAGUGACCAAUGCACAGUCCUGGAAAAAAUGCCAUCCCUGCUUUGCGCAUUGGUUGACGUGCUCAGCAGUAAUGGGUGGCUUGCUCCGGCGUUGCUGGUGAUGCAACUCGGACAACGAAUAGUUCAAGCGUUGAAUCACGCUGACAGCCCACUCAAGCAAUUGCCUCACGCAAGCGCCGCCUGGAUCGCCGAGGCGAACAAAGCGGGAGUUAACGACCUAUUCGACCUCAUGGGAAUGGAGGACGAUGAGAGGACGCAACUACUCAGUGGAUUCACCCAGCAGCAGGCUGCUGCAAUCGCAAUGGUAUGUAACGCAGUACCGGUGCUAGACGUGCAAUGUGUUCUGAGCGAUGAAAAGGUAGCGCCUCAGCAACCGGUGAAUGUCAACCUCAACAUCGAGAGAGAGGGUGAUUUGGAGCCUGUUCACGCUCCGUUCUUCCCAAUAGAACGCUUUGAGCAGUGGUGGGUUGUCGUCGGAGAGCCCAAAACCAAGAGCCUUCUCGGUAUCAAACGCGUAAACCUCCCCAAGAGCAACAACACCGUCAGUGUCGAGUUCGAAGCACCCGCAGUGUCUGGAAAGCACGAGAUAGUGGUGUACGUCGUCAGCGACUCGUACGACAACAGCUACCAUGCACUCAAGAAAGACAUAGGACAUACUGGGUGGCCCAUCCUGGUCGCCACGAACAGCACGCAACCAAUGUGGCAGAGUUACACUUGGGGAGAGCACAGCGUCAUUCCUAGGGACGGAUACGGUUGCCCGGGCACGUUCCCGCCCGAGGUGAGCACCAAGAUCAGGCACACCUUCCGCCUGCCUCCGCAGUUUUACCCCUUCCUCAAAAAGCUCGCCGACGACACCCCCGAACUCAAGCCAUACAUGUACAGGCUGAUCCAGGGCAAGUUCACCAACGACGACUACGAGGAGAUGUUCUACAAGUUCGCCAAGCCCCUCAAAAUAUAUCGCAAACUCAUCCCCAAGCCCUACAGGACUGCUGAGGAGCAGGCACGCGAGCCCGAGGUGUCGUGGGAAAGCGCGUGGCUCAGCUACAGGCAGCGGGUGGCUGCGGAGUACAACAUGUCCAUCAUGAUGCGUGAGUAUCUGCUGGGUAUGCUCAUUGCUGCGUUCGGCGCGAACCUCUGGCUGCAGAUGCACAGGCAGUACCGUGCGGACAUGCGUUUGUACUACCACGAGGCGCCUGAACACAAGGUGAACUGGGUGGUGCCACGCGGUGACCUUAUUUAA